AUGGUUGAUCAUACAUCAGCACUUCCUCAUGUCACAUUACCCACUGGGUCAAUUGUAUUGGAUACUGUUCGAGAAUACACAAAAGCUUAUCCACAUUGUGUCUUGUUGGUACAAGUAGGUGACUUUUACGAGUUGUAUGAAUCCCAUGCGACACAUUAUGCUGCUCAGCUCGACUUGAAACUCACAAAGAAAGCCAUCAGUGCUGGUCAUGUGGUUGAUUUUGCUGGAUUCCCUGUACGUGCACUCGAUCGAUACUUAGACAUCUUGGUCAACCGACUUCAGUGCAAAGUAGCCUUAUGCGAGCAACUGGGACCUGUGAGUCGACAAGAUCAGUCUACGCUUGGCAUGCAACGACGUAUCACGCGUGUGUUGACACCAGGCACUGUGAUUGAAGAACGGUUUCUUGAACCCAAUCAAUACAAUUACCUUUUGGCUAUUUAUCCUCAAGAUGAAUGGGUAGGAUUAGCAUGGGUGGAUGUAUCUGUAGGUGAAUUUGUGAUGCAACAGACCGCCUUGAGUCGACUCAAAGAUGAUUUGGCCCGUAUUCGUCCUCGAGAAGUGAUUUUGCCUGAAUCAAUGCAGUUUCACAGUCUGGAUCAAAUGGAUGAUUUGACUCGUCUAGUGCUGAAUGAUGCCUCCAUAACCAUCAGUUAUCAACCUGAUAGUCAGUUCAAUGCACAAUUAGCAGCCAAGACACUCCAUAGUAUGUUUCAUCAUCGUCUGCCUGAUUUCAGUCCUCAAGAACUAAGUGCCAGUAGAGCCUUGAUGAUGUAUGUCAAUCAGACACAUGUCCACCGCAAACCCAAAUGGCAAAGACCCACUCAAUUCAGUCUGAGCGAUAAUGUGUUGAUUGAUAGUGCAGCCAUGAAUUCAUUAGAACUCGUCAAAAGUCUUCAGGGCAAAAGAACAGACAGUCUAUUGAGUGUGCUGGACAAGACAUGUACAAGCGCAGGAUCACGACUGUUGACACGAUGGAUAUCUUCACCACUCACGCAUGUAGUCGACAUUCAGUCUCGACUCAACAUAGUGGAUUAUUUUGUACAAGACAAGUUUUUGUUACAAGACAUUCGGUCCUUGCUAAGAUCAAGUACAGAUGCACAAAGAGCCAUUCAGCGACUCGCAUUAAAAAAAGGUCAUUAUGCAGACCUGGUUCAAGUAGGCUAUACAUUGGAUGUUAUGCACCAAAUACAUCAAAAAUUAGCAUCUGUAUUACCAUUACAAGACGUGCUGAAUGACAUGGAUCCCCAUGUAUUGAUAGCAGAGUAUAUCAGUGGGGCAUUAGACCAUGACAAAAUACAAGGCAACACAAAAGACUAUGGCUAUAUCAACCACAAUUUUCAUCCUGACCUUGUCAGUCUACAUCAUCUCCUGUCUGAACUAGAACAACAAAAACUUGCGCUAGAGACUGAAUUAAAAAGCAUAUGUGGUCCCUCCAUUCAAUUAGUGACAGAAGGGCCAUUGAAGCAUCUGAUUGAAGUUAAUGCUCGUCAAGCCAGACAUCUACUCGAUCGAUUUACUGAUGCAGUCCCAUUAAACCAUACCAAGGCCAAAAAGAGAUUUGCAGUGGAUACGUGGACUGAUAUAAGUAUUCAGUUAGACAGUGUUCAAUCUCAAAUCAUGCAAGUGGAAAGCCAAGUGUUUGACCAAAUGGUGGACCAUGUAUUAGACCACAGUGCUAGCAUCUUACUCAGUUGCCGACAAUUGGCUCAACUAGAUGUCUUGACUUGCUUUGCUCAUCUAGCUAUCGAACACAACUAUGUUAAACCACGUAUUACCCGGACUCAUCGUACCCUGAUUCAAGGCGGAAGACAUCCUGUAGUGGAGGCCAACUUGGCUAAAAAGGGACAGUCCUUUAUUCGUAAUGACUGUGAUAUAGGCCAUCCUUAUCGUAUUUGGUUAUUGACAGGUCCUAAUAUGGGUGGCAAAAGCACUUUUUUAAGACAACAUGCGAUCAUUGUAAUUAUGGCUCAUAUGGGAUCCUUUGUGCCUGCAGAUCGUGCAUGGAUAGGUGUGACAGAUAAGGUCUUUAGCCGUGUAGGUGCAGCAGAUAACUUGGCUCAGAAUCAAUCAACAUUCAUGGUGGAAAUGAGUGAAGUAGCGACUAUUCUUGAUCAAGCGACUGCCAAAUCUACUGUGAUUAUGGAUGAAGUAGGCAGAGGCACAUCAACCCAAGACGGAUUCUCAUUAGCCUAUGGCAUUCUGGACUAUUUACAUCAACACAUUCAAUGUCGCACACUGUUUGCUACACAUUACCAUGAAUUAGCAGCAGCAAUGGAAGAUUAUGCAAGUUUAGGAUGCUAUCAUACAAGGCUUGAAGAGAAUAAGCAUGGAUUUCGAUUUGUACAUCAAGUGGAGCCUGGUGUUUGUCGACAAUCGCAUGGUUUAAAAGUAGCACAGCUUGCAGGUAAAAUGCGUUGGAUGUGUACGCCUUGA